UGAAGUACGACCAACACUCUUGCAACCCACCUUCCUCAUUUCAGUGCCCUUUUCCCCCUUUUCACUGACAUGAAUCAGGGUAAUCGGUCGGCAUAGGACGUCAAGCAGAGUCUCUCCAUGGCGACCAGCGCUAGGUGGCUUCUAGGCGGCAUCCGCCACGUCGUAGUGGAGGUGGAGGUUCCUCCGGGGCCUCUAGGUAUCAUGCUCGAGGGUGACGACCUGGAUCGUCCCGUGCUCGAAGGUUUCGCGCAAGUGUCGCCCUCUGAUCCGCAACGUGGAGCCGUGGAGCUCAGCGGUCGCGUGCCUGUAGGGAGUGUAUUAGUGGCGGUGGACGAGCACGACUUUAUGAAGUCGGACUUAAGCUUCCAGGAGGUGGGCGACGUCCUGCGUGAGACGAGUCACUUGCAACGUACACUCAAAUUCCAAGUACCAGUGGACGAAGAGAAGAAUGUGCCAUUAAGUCAACAAUUUGCACCAAGGAGAGGUCCACCGCCAAGAGAAAUAGAAGAAGAAGAAGAGGAAGAAGAAGAAUCGGAUGAGGAGGUACAAGCGAAGCCAAAGACGGUAGCGCCGCAGCCAUUGGAGACACAGGACAGUAGUUUGCCAUUAAACCAACAGUAUGCACCCACGAGAGGCCCUCCACCAAUAGAAGAGGAGAAUGUAGUGUAUGAGAGUGAAUCCUCUUCAGCCGAGGAGUCUUUCCAGGAGAUUCACAUGGCAUCUGCUAUGGGGAGUGAUGAGAGCACGAGUUGGACGCUGACAGGAUCAAAUUUGGAUGAUUCUUCGACUCCACUGGCCAGUAGUGUGAGCUCUGCAUCACCGGAGAAGGAGAAUAUCGAGGAGACGAACCAAAAUCCAUCCGAGACUACAUUACCAGAGAAACGACAGUCAGAUAUCGAGAAACCGAAGCGACUUUCGCUUGAAAUUGACACGGCCUCUGCGGCUUUACCUAAAGAAUUAUCCUUCGGUACAAUGUCAAAGCUGGCAGAAACUCGGCAUUUCGAUAGCGACGACUCAAGCGAUUCAGAUGAUACAGAAGAAGACUUCGAUGCAUCCAACAGAGGAGUGAGCUGGAACCCUGUCCAAGCUAAGGCUCCUGCUAGAACUAUAAGCUCGUUCUCUGAUCACCCAGAGGAAUUAUCCCCAGAGAAGCCAUUGCCUGUUCCUCUCUCGAUUGCAUCCAAUGUCUCCUCCGGCACCAUCGCAGCAUCACUCAUGGUACAGACGAAUCAGUUUGACCGCGAUGACUCGGUAGAGGACGAAGAUGCCGAGUUUGUGACUGCAGUUGCUCCACCAGGCCCAUUGGGUCUUAACCUGGAUGGUGGAGUACUGGACCACGCUGUUGUGAUGGGUUUUGUCAGGUUAAACGAUGGAUCUCAAGGCGUCCUCGAACAUAACGGAGAUAUCGUCCCUGGCUCAGUGAUUGUGCGUAUUAACGGAGAGGAUGUUUCGCAUGUAUCACUUAAAGAAGUGGGCGUAAAGCUCAGUGCAUUGAGCUCACAACCACGCACUUUAGUGUUCCGCUUGCCGCCCAAGCCACAAGAAAACCCACGCUCUAAUGUACAGCCAAGUACUAUACGCCGCUCGUCUCCGAUGCCUCAACUGGAAGAAGAUUUCGACAAACGCCGUAAAUUUGAGCUGGAGCUGAUCAUGCAUUACGACAAACAGGUUUUGUCUCGUCGCGAUUGCUGGUUCUGUAUCGAUGCCAAGUGGAUGGCUCGAUGGGUAGAUUUCGUGUGCCGAGGUGGACCUGAGCCUGGCCCCAUUACCAACGAAAAUUUACUGCACGAAAACUGGCGCGAAAUGCUCGCUCAUGAUGUGCCUGGACGACCAGAUACAGCGCGUGAAGGAUUGGUACUUAUGAAAGAUUACCGUGUGGUGGUACCGAUGGUCUGGUGUCUAUUUGCUGAGCUACAUGGCCUCGGUGAAGCUCCUUUGCUUGCACGGUAUCUGAUGGAUAUCCACGCGGAAGCAUUGAGCGACGGAGAGGUGAAUAAAAUACUCGAAGUUCCACGGCCUAAAGCAGCAGUUCUGGCAAAUAACCUGCUAGACAAAUGCCUCGUUCGUCCUAGCAGGAAGCGCUAAGAGCCGACUUGAAUGCGUAGUAUGUACCUCGCCACUGCCGGUAGUUGUUUGCCACGAACUCGUUCUAUUAGUCGAUGGAUACUGGGAAUGCGAUCGUCUGAGAUGCAUUGGGUGACGUUACAUUUCUAAUUCGCGAUGAUGAAGGUAUCCGACACCGUGGUAACUUGUUUUAGUUUGUAGUUUAUACUUUGCAAAGUACUGCUUCCAGCCCGAAGAAGCUCUGAAAUUUAAGUAACAUAAUACUAGCUGCAUUCCAGAGCUUAUACAGUCGCUAAGAACUGUUA